GACAGGUAGACGCGCUUCGUGCUCCUUCGUGAUGCCGACAUCCUCCUCCGGCUGCUGCCACACCGGAGAUCCUCACCUCAGAUAGGACCGGAAAUCCUCCCCUCAUCACAUCUCAAAUAAUAAUCUUGCUUUUUUUCCCUCUCCAUCCCCUCUGCGUUGCUGUUUUCGAGAAGAUCUUUAAAAAAAUGGCACCUCACGGAUUAAAAUCGCGCAAAUCACCAUCGGACUUAUCUGACUGCUGUUUGGUGACUGUGAAUCCCUCUCUUUCUGGCUGAGCGUUGUUCCUCCUUGUUUCUCCAUUUUUUUUUCUCUCUCCCCCUCUCACAGCUCCUCUUUUCAGGACAUCGAGGCGUUUUCUAACGCGAAGAAAGACGCGCAAUAUUUGGAAUAACAUCGUAACAAUAUGGUUUUUUAUGCUGCACUCCCCUUUAUCAUAGUAUCUUAGGGUUUAAUUUUGAGAGGACAACUUGGAAAUGGAGCCAGGGAAGGAGAAGGCAUUCCCCAUCAAAGAGGGGGUUAAACAGAUCGCAGGAAAGGCCUUGGGGAAACUGUACAGGAGGCUGGAGAAGCGGCAGCAGACAGGUGAGGCCAUCGAGCUGACGGAGGAUGGGCGACCCAGGGAGGACCAGGAGCGCAAGGCUCCGCUGUGUGACUGCACCUGCUUCGGGCUUCCGCGCAGAUACAUCAUCGCCAUGCUGAGCGGGCUCGGCUUCUGCAUCUCCUUCGGUAUCCGCUGUAACCUGGGUGUGGCCAUCGUCAGCAUGGUGAACAACAGCACGAUUCACCAGAACGGCAAGAUCAUCGUCAAAGAGAAAGCACAAUUCAACUGGGACCCGGAGACCGUGGGAUUGAUCCAUGGCUCUUUCUUCUGGGGCUACAUAAUAACUCAGAUUCCAGGAGGCUAUAUUUCCUCCAGACUGGCUGCAAACAGGGUUUUCGGUGCUGCCAUUGUCCUGACAUCCAUCCUGAACAUGUUCAUCCCCUCUGCCGCCCGUACGCACUACGGAUGCGUAAUUUGCUUAAGGAUACUGCAAGGCUUGGUGGAGGGUGUGACUUACCCAGCCUGCCAUGGCAUAUGGAGUAAAUGGGCCCCACCGCUGGAAAGAAGUCGUCUGGCAACUCUCUCCUUUUGCGGAUCGUACGCUGGUGCAGUGGUGGCCAUGCCUUUGGCUGGGAUCCUGGUGCAGUACACAGGAUGGUCUUCAGUCUUCUAUGUGUACGGAACCUUUGGAAUAUUCUGGUACAUGUUCUGGAUUCUGGUGUCGUACGAGAGCCCGGCGGAGCACCCCACCAUCACCGAAGAGGAGCGCCGCUACAUUGAGGAGAGCAUCGGUGAAAGUGCCCAGCUCAUGGGCGCUGCAGAAAAAUUUAAGACCCCCUGGAGGAAGUUCUUCUCCUCCAUGCCUGUCUAUGCAAUCAUUGUGGCCAAUUUCUGCAGGAGCUGGACUUUUUACCUGCUGCUCAUCAGCCAGCCUGCAUACUUUGAAGAAGUUUUUGGUUUUGAGAUCAGCAAGGUUGGAGCGCUGUCAGCUCUCCCUCACCUGGUCAUGACCAUCAUUGUGCCUUUAGGAGGCCAGUUAGCAGACUACCUACGAACCCACAACAUCAUGUCCACCACUAACGUCCGUAAAAUCAUGAACUGUGGCGGGUUUGGUAUGGAAGCAACGCUCCUACUAGUGGUCGGAUACUCUCACAGUAAAGGUGUGGCCAUCUCCUUCCUGGUGCUGGCAGUGGGCUUUAGUGGAUUUGCAAUAUCAGGGUUUAAUGUGAACCAUCUAGACAUCGCUCCCCGCUAUGCCAGCAUCCUCAUGGGCAUUUCUAAUGGUGUGGGAACUCUGUCAGGCAUGGUCUGCCCACUCAUUGUGGGAGCAAUGACAAAGCACAAGACCCGCGAGGAGUGGCAGUAUGUCUUCCUCAUUGCCUCCCUUGUGCAUUACGGAGGUGUGGUGUUCUAUGGCAUCUUUGCCUCUGGGGAGAAGCAGCCAUGGGCCGACCCUGAGGAAACCAGUGAGGAGAAAUGUGGCUUCAUAGACGAGGACGAGCUGGCCGAGGAGACGGGCGACAUUACGCAGAGCUACGGCGCCAUGGGUGGCCCGGCCAAAAGCUACGGGGCGACGGCGCAGCUCAACGGAGGCUGGGUGCAAGAUUGGGACAAGACGGAGGAAUACGUUCAGGAGCCGGCGGGAAAGAUGUACACUCAGCGUGGCUACUCUUAAACCAUACAGCUAUGGUGAGCCUGCCUAAAAAAUAAAAAAACAAAACAGGCACGCCAUCGGCGAUUGCACAAACGAGCAUUGUAUCAGAUAUCUAAACCCAUUCUGUGUGUUCAAGUAGUUUCACAUGAAAUGUAAAGAAAUAGUUUGCUCCAAGCGAGAAAUAUCCUCAUUAGAUAAUUGUUUUUCAUAUGUGCAUAUCGUAGGGCUUCACAGAACAUACGGAGAGCAGUUGCAAAGCAAACUGCAGGCGUAUGCUAGGCACCCAAACCUCAUUGAUCUACUUGAACAACAUGAGCCAGAUGACACUGCAGACGACCAUCGCGUAGGGUCUUUCUCUUAGAUACUACUCUGAUUGCACUGAAACUAUAAGUGUUCUAAAAAGAAAACUCUACUACAUUUCAAAUGUGUUUUAUGUACUGUAUAGAUAUUUACCUGUAUACUGUUUCUGUGAGACUAUCGUGGAUUUUGGGUCAUUGAUCUGUGUAGACAUUAAGUAUAUAAAAAGGCCAUAUUUUUCAUGGACAGUACCUCCUCAGGGAGACGUCUGCUUGCAAAAAAGGUCUUCAUCUUCUCCAGUGAGGCCUACAAUACAUUUACAAGACAAAAAUAAGCGUGAGUGAAGCUGAAUCGUAGAGUUUUAGUGUGUUUGUUGCAUGAAUUUGCUCAGAUCAAUGUUUCAGAUGCUUCACAGUCACAAAUAGUUCUCAUUUAGCCAACUGCUUAGCUCUUAGGUGGGUGUCUGCUGCCGUUAUGGAUAAUACGACGAGUUCUCAUGAUCAGGCUGUGGUGAAAGACAAAUCAAAAGGCGACUGCUCAGAAAAAAAAAAAAUGUUUCUUGAUGUUUGGUGUGCACUGCAAUAAAUUCUCUGUACCAGCCAUCACAUUCUGUUCUGUAAAGUAACACAAGCUUGCCGUAUGUAACUGUACUUCUUUUGAGUCACGUGAAGAUCAACAUGAAGGUGUGUGUUUUAACAAUUUGUCACUGUCUGGAGAAGCCAGCUUUAUCGCUCUUUAUGCAGAUGAUGUUGUUGCAUUUUGAUGGCGAGGAAUGCAGUGCUGUAUGCAAACAGCGGAGUUGUUUGUGAUCGCUCGAUGUUCCUUGGUUGUUGUCAUGGCCACCACGCGUACUUCUUGUGACACAUUGAUAUCGUGACAUUUGGGUGGACUACAUGAACUAUUAGAUGGCUCUUCCACUUGACUUCAUUCGCUGUUUAGACACUUUUCUUUGUUUUGCUUUAUGAAACCUGCAAGGAUGUACAAAAAUAUAUGAAUAUUUAAGAAUGUUUAAGACGACCAAAAGAUGCUAUUAUGGCUUUGUGCCUGGAGUUUAUGUAAACAGAUAAAUGUGAUUUUAUGGCUUCUAUUAUUGUGUUUAAUGAAGAUGUAUGUUGGAGUCUAAAAGUGUUAUAAAAAUACUCAUAUUUUAUAAAAAAAAAUAACGUAAAAGUCAUAUUUGGUUGUG